UAUUCUUCCUCAAAGUGAACACUCAAUUUGGUCUCAUUACAAAGAUGGCUCAAAAUUUCCAAACCAAGCUUUUUAUCAACAACGAGUAUGUGUCUGCUAAAUCUGGCACUUACGUGGUUGUUCGUAAUCCCGUUGAUGACUCGAUCGUCACGGAUGCGGUACACUCUGGUGGCGAAGAGGACGUAAACGAUGCUGUCGCUGCAGCACAAGCAGCCUUCAAAGGCCCAUGGAGCAUAAUGCCCGGUUCUGAGAGGGCCAAAUGCAUGCUAAAACUUGCUGACCUUUUGGAUGAAAAUUUCGAGAGUCUGAUGAAGCUAGAAACUAUUGCAAUGGGCCAACCGGUAGCACUGGCCGCUCCCUUGGGCAGUCUCAUGGGUUCUACCUGGCGCCAUUAUGCUGGGUAUUGCGAUAAGAUUCCCGGAGAACUAGUUCCCGAGGGCGAUGACAAGACGUACAAGCUGAUCCGGUACGACCCUCUCGGAGUAUGCGCUGGUAUUGCGGCAUGGAAUGCUACACUCUACAUGCUUUGUAUGAAAAUCGCACCAGCGGUUGCUGCUGGGAAUACAUUCAUCUUCAAAUCCUCGGAAAAAUCACCUCUGGGCUCACUUCCGGUUGGGGAAUUGAUUGUCCAAGCUGGGUUUCCUCCUGGCGUUAUCAACCUGCUGAGUGGUGAUGGUUCUACAGGAGCCCUCAUGGCAUCGCACAUGGGCAUCAAGAAGAUUAGUUACACCGGAUCCGUCUCAUCCGGCAGGAAAGUACAAAUCGCGGCAACGAAUAGUAAUCUCAAGCGCGUUACUCUAGAACUUGGUGGUAAAUCCCCGUCAAUCAUUUUCAAAGACGCCGAUCUCGAGAAUGCACUUGUUCACUCCUCCCAAAACUUCCUUUUCAACUCCGGUCAAGUCUGCAUUGCUGCAACACGGAUUUUGGUUCAGGAAGAGAUUGCCGAGGAGUUUACUAAGGGCUUGAAGGCCCGAUUCGACAUGUUCAAAGGGGCACUUGGAGACCCUGCGCUUCCGUCAACGUUUCUAGGUCCCUUAGCAGACACUGCACAAAAGGACCGAGUUGUGUCAUUCUUUGAGCAAGCGAAGAAGGACGGUGUUGAGUUUCUCGCUGGCGGAAAGUCGAAGGGGAAUUACAUCGAGCCAACAAUCAUGAAUAACCCUCCUCUUGAAUCUUCGGUUUGGAGGGAUGAAAUAUUCGGCCCGGCUCUAGCAAUUCGAACCUUUAAAACCGUGGAGGAAGCAAUUGAACUCGCGAACGAUACAACUUAUGGACUAGCUGCUUACUUGUUCACGAGGGAUAUCCCGCUAGCUCUAAGGGUCAGCAAGUUGAUUGAGGCUGGGACUGUAUCAAUCAACGCGAGCAUUGGGGGAAACAUCGACAUGCCUUUCGGAGGGUGGAAAGAGAGUGGGAAUGGAGGAAGAGAAGGUGGCCGUGCUGGUCUAAUGAGUUAUCUGGAAGCAAAGUCCAUUACCAUCAACAUGCAAGGUGGUACAGGUUAAGAAAAUAGUCAGGCAAAUGUUAUUUGUUGAGAUUCUAUAAUGGAAUCGGAUACAAUGCUACACAAAAGGAG